AUGCUGCGCGAGAGCAAAGCAGGGUUGAGCCCCCGUCCUCCGCGCCUGACCCUCCUUGCCUCCGUGCCUCGCCGGUCUCAGGUGCUGCGUUGCCAGCUCUCUGCUGAGGAGGUGAUGUUCCCAGUCUCUGUGACCCAGCAGUCCCCCGCUGCCGUCUCCAUGGAGACCUACUACGUCACUCUGACACUGCCAUCAACACAGUUGGAAGUCAGCCUGGAGGAAAUCCCUGACGAGGGCCUGCUCGUGUCCUGGGCCUUUACUGAUCGCCCAGACCUCAGCCUGACGGUGCUUCCCAAGCUGCAGGCCAGGGAGAGAGGUGAGGAGCAAGUGGAGCUCUCCACCAUUGAAGAAUUGAUUGAGGACACCAUUGUCAGCACCCAGCCGGCCAUGAUGGUCAACCUCAGGGCUUGCUCUGCGCCUGGAGGCCCGGUACCCAGUGAGAAGCCACCCACGGUGCCCCAGGAACAGCCAGCCAUCUCCAGGCCUACCCGGUUAUUCCUCCGGCAGCUUCGAGCGUCUCACCUGGGAAGUGAGUUGGAAGGUACUGGGGGACUGUGCUGUGUAGCUGAGCUCGACAACCCGCUGCAACAGAAGUGGACCAAGCCCAUGAACGCUGGUCCCGAGGUGGAGUGGACUGAGGACCUGGCCCUGGAUCUGGGCCCCCAGAGCCGGGAGCUGAGCCUCAAAGUACUGAGGAGCAACAGCUGUGGAGACGCUGAACUCUUGGGCCAGAUCACACUGUCUGUGGGGCCCCCUUCCAGACCUCUCUCCCGAAGACAAGUAUGCCCACUCGCCCCUGGGCCAGGGAAGGCCCUGGGACCAGCGGCCACCAUGGCAGUAGAGCUUCAGUAUGAGGAGGGCUCCCCCCGGAACCUGGGCACCCCCACUCCCUCCACUCCACGCCCCAGCAUCACACCCACCAAGAAGAUCGAGUUAGACCGGACCAUCAUGCCUGAUGGCACCAUUGUGACCACAGUCACCACCGUCCAGUCCCGGCCCCGUGUAGAAGGGAAACCAGACUCCCCCUCCCGCUCCCCGUCCAAGGUGGAGGUGACCGAGAAGACGACAACUGUGCUGAGUGAGAGCAGUGGCCCCAGCAGUGCUUCCCACAGCAGCAGCCGGGAGAGCCACCUUUCCAACGGCUUGGACCCUGUAGCAGAGACAGCGAUUCGUCAGCUCACUGAGCCCAGCGGGCGGGCAGCCAAAAAGACACCCACCAAGCGUAGCACUCUUAUCAUCUCUGGCGUUUCCAAGGUGCCCAUUGCUCAGGACGAGUUGGCACUGUCUCUGGGCUAUGCGGCAUCCCUGGACGCCUCAAUGCAGGAUGAUGCAGGAACCAGUGGAGGUCCCUCCUCACCGCCCUCAGACCCACCAGCCAUGUCCCCAGGACCCCUCGAUGCCCUCUCCAGCCCCACCAGCGUCCAGGAAGCAGAUGAGACAACACGUUCGGACAUUUCUGAGAGGCCAUCUGUGGAUGAUGUUGAGUCGGAAACAGGGUCUACUGGUGCGCUGGAGACCCGCAGCCUCAAGGAUCACAAAGUGAGUUUCCUGCGCAGUGGCACAAAGCUUAUCUUCCGCCGGAGGCCUCGACAGAAGGAAGCUGGUCUGAGCCAAUCACACGAUGACCUCUCCAACACGGCAGCCACACCCAGUGUCCGAAAGAAGGCUGGCAGCUUUUCUCGCCGCCUUAUCAAGCGCUUUUCCUUCAAAUCCAAACCCAAGGCCAAUGGCAAUCCCAGCCCCCAGCUCUGAGGGCCCUUCCCACCUCCUGAGCUAGGAGAGGGCAGGAGUCCUCUCAGCCCACCCCCCACAUCCUCUUCCAUUCCCCUUCCUGGAUUCCCAACAGCCUGGGCCAGGGAAGCCCUCUGGGUUCCAGGAAGCCCUGUCCACCCUGGGCUGUGGGGCCAGUUGGAAGGGUACUUGCAACGGGAAGCAUGACAGAGGCGGGCACCCGUUGCUGAGGACACAGAAGAGGGAGUGGGUGGCUGGGAGUAAGAGGAGGGCUCUGUCCUGGCACGUGUGGGCAUUUCUCAGAACCGGUUGCCUGCUGUUGACAUUGGCCCCUCAGAGGAGUCCCAGGGUGCUCAGCUCCUCAGCUGGUCCUUCCUCCCCUAUUUAUUCUCUUUUCUAUUUAUAUGUGUGGUCCAGGACCCUCAGUGAACAGAUGAGAGAGGGCAUCUCUCCCAGGUGACCCUUCUUUCCUGUCCCAGGAGGGUAGGCAAUUAAUUCCCUUUGGGACAGGACUCCCAUGUCUCCCUCAGGUCCCCACUCCGACCAGCACCAGUGUCUGCCUCUGGGGACAUUGGCAGCUCACAGAAAGCCCGGGCCGGUGCCCUGGAUGGGGGGCAGGUACUCCCCACCUCCCUGCCUCCCCUCCUGCUCCUCAUCCCUCCCUCCCCUUUAUUACUGUUUUUGUACUUGAUGCCUUCUCCGUGAGCAGUGGCUCUGUCAGAAGGAGGGAGCCAGGAGCUGGAUGGAAGCCUUCCCCAGAGAAAUGGCUUUCAGGGGCUUUAUUAAAGACUGUGAUGAUGAUGGAGCACGAGCAGGGCUACACCUCUGUGUGUUGGGAGAUGAUGAUGUCCAUUGCUGUGUGAUGGCUUGGAAUUUAAUUUAUUAAAUUAAAGUCAAAUUGGAGUUUA